AUGAAACAAUCAAUUAUUCAACAUAUUCAAUCUUGUUUACCUUGUCAACAACAUAAUAUUAGUCGUACAAAGAAACCUGAUCAACUUAAUCCAAUUCCAACUCCAGAGGGACCAUUUCAAUUAAUAGGUAUUGCUUAUUGUGGUCCGUUCCAACCAACACCUCGUGGUAAUCAAUAUGUAUUAUGUAUUACUAAUUAUUUUACAAGAUGGAUGACUGCAAUAGCUUUACCUGAUUGUUCAGACCAAACCACGGCUCAAACAUUAUUUAAUAAUUAUAUUUGUCAAUAUGGUGUACCAUUAGCUAUAUUAUCUGAUCAAGGUACUCAUUUUAAAAAUCAACUUAUGGAAUCCAUAGCAAAAUUAAUUGGCUACAAUCAUAUUUUCUCAAGUGUUUAUCACCCACAAAGUAAUGAGAUGAUUGAACGCUUUAAUGCGACAUUCGUUCCUCAAAUUGCCAAACUUCAAGAUCUAGAAAAUAACAAUUGGAAUGAAUUCUUAUCACCAGUGAUAUUUGCUUACAACAUCGACAUCCAUGCAACGACUAAUUAUUCACCAUUUCAACUACAGUUUGGUCGAGAACCACGUUUACCUACUGAUGAACCUUCAUCAUAA